UCCGGAGACAAGCAAACGUAAACACUACUGUAUACAGAAUGUCUAUAUGCUUCGUUUUCAACUGUAACCAUCAAGGGUUAAAACGAACAUGUAAAAUGUUCCGGUUUCCAAAAAAUACAAAGUUGGCGAAAAGAUGGGAAAAACUCUGUAGGCGGAAGGACAGAUCUAUAAAUGCUUCAUCCGACCGCAUUUGUAGUUGUCAUUUCAAGGACGGAGUGAAAGACAAUGGACCUACCAUUUUCUCAUGGAGCUCUGUUUUUGAUUUCGAGGAUCCAAAUAAAAUAUCGAGGAGAACCGUAAAAGCAGAGGCAGCCCCCCAGGAGAUGUGUGUGAGCACCUUGGAUGUCAAUGACUGCGCCCCUCAGCUCCCACCACAUUCUCAUGACCAAUCCUACCAACUUACAUUUGAGCGAAUGAUUGAGGAACACAAGAAUCUAAAGCUACAAGUUAAAGAACUUACAGACCGGAUUCAGGCAAUGUCAUUGAAAAGAGCCUUUACACUAGAGGAUAUAAUAGGAGAUGAAAGGAAGUGUUUAUUAAUGAAAAUGGAUUGACUGCUGGACAGUUUUAAAUCCACCAAGGAUAUUUGAUCAAUUGGAAGCUGAAAGUGAAAAUUUGUUUCCAUAUGAGACUGCUGGACAGUUUUCUUUUUAUUGAAAUCAUUAAAUUUUUAGUUUUACAUACAGAU